UUGGGUAUAGACAGGGGCGGACUGACCAUUUGGAAACCCGGGCACUGCCCGAGGGCCCGAUGUCAGUAGGGGGCCCCAUGAGAUGCCCCUGGUACCUUUUUCAUAAGCUUUUUUGAGUUUGGGCAAGGACACAGGGGCCCCAUGAUCCCCUAUUGCCCGGGGGCCCCAUCAGUUGUCAGUCCGCCCCUGGUCCACCCCUGCUACCAGAGCAUUUUGUCCCAAAGUGCAACAGGGCUCAAGAUGAAGAAUCUCAUUAUU